CGAGGCAAGCGAAGCUUUAAUGGCCGAGGAGCAGCUCUCCGAGUAUGAGAAGGCGCGCCUGGCCCGGAUCGAGGAGAACAAGCGCAUGCUCGUCGCACUUGGCAUCGAAGAGGCGUCCAGCCAGUGCCGGCACAAGACGCCCGCCGCAAGCAAGAGCAAGGCGCGGGCGGGGCCGCCGCCGCUGUCCGAUGUGCAGCGCGCCGCCCUCGCCCGCGCCGAGCAGUGGCUCGAGCGGUUCGAAUGCUGGCUGCGGGGUGAGUGCUCGCGCGCGAACGCCGACAAGGUGAUGGAGCGCGUCUCUGAGCUCGUCUCGGGCAGGGGCGUAGCUCUCAAGGGGGGCGUGGAACCGGCCUACUUGGGGAGAGCCGUCUCCAUCUCGGAUGACCUGGUUGCGCUCAAGGAGCACGCCACUGCGGCGUACGGAGCCCUCGAUAACGGCGGCUGGCACCUCCGCCACCCAAUCGGCAAGCUGAUCAAGUUUCAGCAGGUGCUCUUCUCGUCGGGCGGCGGCGGAGCGACGUCGGAGGCGGCGAGCAGCAGCGACGACCUGGAGAGCGGCGGCGGCACCCCCUCCUCUUCGAGCGGUGCGGCGGCCGGCUGGCUGGUCGAGGGCGCCGCGGUGGAGGUGGAGAUGGACGAGGAGGGGCUGCGCGGCUCUCGGUACGGCGCAACCUUCCUCGGGUUUGCGGACGAGGCGAGGCGCGUCGCGCGUCUCCAGUACACGCACCUGACGGCGGAGGAGGGGGGCGAGGAGAGACAGCUCGAGCGGCUGGUCGAGGAGGCGCCCUGCGCGCGGCUGCGGCCGAGCCCGCCCGCAAUCCUCGGCUGGUCGAGCCGGCUGCGGCCCGGCGUGCAGUGCGAGCUGUGGCACGAGGACGGGUGGUGGGAGGUGGUCGUGUACGAGAAGCGCAGGCCGCCCAAGCCGCGCGGCGGGCCCGCCCAGUUCGAGGUGUACUCCGAGACGUACGGCGAGGUCGAGGCGACCGUGGGUGCUGGUCGGCUCCGCCCGAGGCUCGUGCUCGUGCACGGCCGCGAGUGGCUCGCCCUCGCGCCGUUCGGAUUCAAGUGCGCCGUCGGCGCGGCGGAGCACGUCUUCUCGCGCGCAGAGGCCGAGGCGGAGGCGGCGGCGGACAAGGCGGCGGAGGAGGCGGCGGCGGAGGCGGCGAGCGGCGCGGCGGCCGGCGCGAAGACGAAGAAGAAGAAGACCACGACGAAGAAGCGGCCGCGCGGUGAGGCCGAGGCGGGCGAGGAGGGGGCAAAGGCGGCCGAGGCGCCGAGCGGGCUCCCAAAGGCGGGCUCGCUGCGGCUGCACCUGCUGACCGCCCUCUGCGCCGGCCUGUCGGACCGCUCCGCCAUCGUCGGCUGGGUGGGGCAGCGGGCGAGCGGCCGGUUCGGAGAGGGGUCGGCGAGCCGCGGCGACGCGGUGACGACUCUUGGCAAGGAGAAGUCGAUGCGGGUGCCGCUCUGGCGGCAGGAGGGCGCGUUGUACGCGCUGACAGCCGCGGGGCGGGAGGCGGCCCGGCGAGGCGGCAUCCCGCUGGGCGGGCAGCGCAAGCGGCAGAAGAAGGGCGAGUGAGGCCCGCGCCGCCUCGGCGGCGGGAGGCGCGAGGGGCAAGCGCGUCUCCGUGCGUCGCCUCCCACGGCGAGAGACGCGGCCCGGGUACCAGGGGUGGCCCGGCCUAGCUCCGCCGGGCCACUUGCGAAGCCGUACUGUCGCGCGAUUUGCAUGGGCUGUGCGCCGAAUCGGACGCCGCAAGAGAGAGUGUGAGACAUCGUGCGUCGUGUGUGCGGCUCUCUAGCGGUAGCAGCGCGGCGCGGGGGCGGGCUUCAACUUGCCCCGCGGUCUCUGCCGGGAGUCCGAUCUGUCUCCGAUCUCCGUGUCGGCGCACCGACCACCGAUCUCUCCCGAUUUUGCUGAUGUUGUGUAUACGUAAAUGCGUACAGGCUCUC